AUGGACAUGUGCGAGCGGACUCCUCUGACUCCCGGCUACGUUGGUUCGCUGCUCAAUCUGGGCCCUGACUCGCUCUACUUCUCCAACCUGCGGGGCAAUGGAGCCCACGUCCACGGACUCCACCACAUCCCCUACAACAGGAGGGAGGUGUGCACGCUCCCGUGGACCUCCUCGGGUUCGUGCACGUCCGCGCCGGCCGCGCCGCCUCAGAGCCGCGCCUUCAGCGGCUACUGCCCGCCGUUCCUGUCCAGCUCCGUGAACGCAGCUCCGGUCAAGACGCUCCUGGAGGAGCCGCACAAGACGGAGCUGAGCGGAGGGCAGGAUGACGUGUACGGCGAACAGCACGUAUCCCGGGGCUACUCGGAGGGUUCGGUGCUGCAGCUGGGUCCCGACCACAGUCGCGUCCCAGACGACAGCAAACUGCAGAGUCUCAGCCACCACGCUGCAGGUCACCCGGGUCCACGGACGGCGUUCUCUGAAGGUGCUCCGUGGUGCUCGGCUCAGGUGAAGAGCAGGAAGAAGAGGAAACCUUACACCAAACCGCAGCUGGCCGCCCUGGAACACGAGUUCAUGAUGAACGAGUUCAUCACCCGCCAGAAGCGGAAGGAGCUGUCGGACCGACUGGACCUGAGCGACCAGCAGGUGAAGAUCUGGUUCCAGAACCGCAGGAUGAAGAAGAAGCGGCUGAUGAUGCGAGAACAAGCCUUUGCGGUUUACUGA